UCGAGCCUGCAGCACAUUGUAGGCUGUGGACGCGCUGCGAUCCAUAAAAUCACAUAGGAUCGAAGAAAUGCGAAUGCUCAGGCUUUUUGGACAUUGUGCCCGGACACUUUGAAGCCCAGCAGGAGUCACUUUAACAGACUGUCGGUUGGAACUGCGCGGAGGGCCUAAUGUCUCCAGCGGUGGCACUUCAACAGCAGCUAUGAUGGAUAUCAGCGAGCGGUGAGCCCUCCAAUGGGCUGACCCAAAACGCCACAAUAACCCGCAGAGAUCCAGGAAUUAGCCGCGUCCCGCUCGCCGCCAACCGCCGGAACACCUGGAAAUAAGUAUGGGUCCACGCGCCGGCAGCUGUGGAUUUUAGGCCGAGCGGAGGACGGACAGGCCCGGUACAAUGCUCUGAGAGCCGGCCCGUGACAGAGCGCUGUGACACUGACAACACAACAUGAAGGAGAAGUCGAAAAACGCUGCCCGGACCCGGCGGGAGAAGGAAAACAGUGAGUUUUAUGAACUGGCCAAACUGUUGCCGCUGCCCUCCGCCAUCACCUCCCAGCUGGAUAAAGCCUCCAUCAUCCGGCUCACCACCAGCUACCUGAAGAUGAGGAUAGUGUUCCCGGAAGGCCUCGGGGAGUCCUGGGGUCACGUGAGCCGCAGCAGUUCUGUGGAUGGAGUCAGCCAGGAACUAGGCUCCCAUCUCUUACAGACAUUAGAUGGAUUCAUUUUUGUGGUUGCUCCAGACGGGAAAAUAAUGUACAUAUCAGAAACAGCAUCAGUCCACUUGGGCCUGUCGCAGGUAGAGUUGACAGGAAACAGCAUCUACGAGUACAUCCAUCCAGCAGACCACGAUGAAAUGACAGCCGUCCUCACAGCACACCAGCCUUACCAUUCACACUUCGUUCAUGAAUACGAGAUGGAACGCUCCUUCUUUCUGAGGAUGAAAUGUGUCCUGGCUAAAAGAAACGCCGGUCUUACCUGUGGAGGCUACAAGGUGAUCCACUGUAGUGGCUACCUGAAGAUCCGCCAGUACAGCCUGGACAUGUCUCCGUUCGAUGGCUGCUAUCAGAACGUGGGGCUGGUGGCGGUCGGCCACUCGUUGCCGCCCAGCGCCGUCACCGAGAUCAAACUGCACAGCAACAUGUUCAUGUUCAGAGCCAGCCUCGACAUGAAGCUCAUCUUCCUUGACUCACGGGUUGCAGAGCUGACAGGCUACGAGCCUCAGGAUCUGAUAGAGAAGACUCUCUAUCAUCAUGUCCACAGCUGUGACUCCUUUCACCUGCGCUGUGCUCAUCACUUGUUGCUUGUCAAAGGUCAGGUCACAACGAAGUACUACCGUUUUUUGGCCAAGCAUGGCGGCUGGGUCUGGGUCCAGAGUUACGCAACCAUCGUACACAACAGCCGAUCAUCCCGGCCUCACUGCAUCGUCAGCGUCAACUACGUUCUCACGGAGACAGAGUAUAAAGGCCUCCAGCUCUCUCUGGACCAGGCCACAUCCAAGGCCUCUUUCCCCUACGGCAGCAGCACCGCCAGCCUCACGGAAAACUGCAGAACUCCCAAGAGCAAAGUAUCCCGGCCCAAGACCAAAGCAAGACUCUCGCCAUACACACAGUACCCUAGUUUCCAGACAGAACGAUCAGAGUCUGACCAGGACAGUCCAUGGGGCAGCAGCCCCCUCACCGACUCCGCCUCCCCUCAGCUGCUGGAGCACAGCGAAGGCCUCGACGCCUCCUGUGUGUACAGGCAGUUCACUGAUCCUCGCACGCUCUGCCGCGGCCUGUCUGAAGAGCAGCAUCACACAGCCAGUGACGGCUACACACACCUCCACACGCACGCUCAAGGUCAAAGUUGUGAGAGGGGCCGAUGUGAGGCGGGGCGAUAUUUUCUAGGAGCGCCUCCGCCUGGCAGGGACGCGUGGUGGGGCACGGCUCGCUCCAUUCUACCGCUGAGCAAGAGCUCUUUGGAAAACCACGAGGGAUAUGACAGCAGCAUGCCGCACAUCACAGCCAUCCACAGCUACCACGGCCGGGGACACUGGGACGAGGACAGCGUGGUCAGCUCUCCAGAUGGAGGCUCAGCCAGCGACUCAGGGGAUCGGUACCAAGCUGAGCACUACCGCUGCAGCCCGCAGGAGCCCAGCAAGAUCGAAACGCUGAUCCGAGCCACGCAGCAGAUGAUCAAGGAAGAAGAAAGUCGACUUCAGCUACGCAAGGGCCCUCCGGAUGCUCCAGUGGGGCCGGCCAAUGGACUGCCCAAGGGCCCUGGUCCAUGCUUCUCUCCUGAGUAUACUCAAGGUCCCCUGCCGCUACAGACCGUGGUGUGUCGAGGUUUGAGUCAGGGGAUCAGCCCUGCGUCCAGCCCUGCUCCACUGUCUAGGCUCAGCAGUCCAGGGUCUGAGCGCCUCCACAAGCCCAAAGACUACCUCCAGACAGAUCUGUCCCCGCUGUCUUUGCCAUUACACCACCCAUUUGGUCGGCCGGGUCCGUGCUCGGCCUCCCCCACCCCCGCCCCAGCCCUCUACCCCUCCCACACACACCCGCGGCCCUACUUGGACAAGCAUACAGCCUACUCGCUGACAGGCUACACUCUGGAGCACCUCUAUGACACAGAGAGCCUCCGGGGCUACUGCACCUCUGCCAGCACGGGCCCCACCCAUUACGAUAUGACCCCUCACCUCCGCAUCCCGGCAGAGCAGACCCCCGGACACAAAGGCACCUCUGUCAUUAUCACCAAUGGCAGCUAACACUCAGCUAACACACACAGUGGGACUGCAGUCACAGCAUUAACCAUGGUCAUUCUGGAUCCUGUUGUUUCUCCAUCAUACUGAUCCAAAUCUCAUCUGUUGCUGUUGUUUCUAAAGUCUGCGAAGGAACAUGUGAGUGUGUGGCUCUCUGAAUGGGUGCUAGGUGAAUAUAAGAGGAACAACAUUAUAGUGCCUGUGAUUCUGGUAAAUAAUGCAAUUUUAUUGCAGCUUCAUCUAAGAUUGACUUUAUUUGACCUCAUGAAUUGAUCUGCUUCCUCUGGCCUAAAAUCAGGUACAACAUUUUCGACCGAUAAUAAGAUAAGACAACCGCAAAGACCUCUACUAUGUAGCCUUUAUGUCUGCGGCCCUUUGAAUUCUUCAUGGUUUGGUCCUCAUGGUGUCCAUUAUCAUUAAAAAGCCCUCUCUGUGUUACACUGGAGGAGAAUGGGGGGAGAGUAUCUUCUCAAGUAAGGCGUGUCCUUGAAGUAAGAGGAGUGCGUUUGUUAGAAGCUGUAAUCAGCGCUGAUAUCUCAGAACGUCUGGUACAGUGAGACGGUAAAGAACAAAGAUGGUGGCCGGCAGUAACAAUGCGCAUACAUUGCUGCGAAUAAAAGACAAACAAGAAGCAUGUCCUGCAAUGUCAUCAAAGAUCUGUUUUCGAUCGAUUUCUUCUCUUCUUUGAUUCACUCUAGAAAGUGCACCAACUCUGAUGUUUUUAGUGUGCAAACUCAAAAUGUACUCCAAAUGAAACAAAAUAUGUUGCUUACAACUCACUGUUACACAGUAAAUCUGUUUUAUGAUGACGCUCUGGUUAAGGUUCGGUUAGGGUUAGGGAAACAUCGGGGUUUGGGUUAAAAUUAUGAUUUCAUUAAGGUCGGGGGUCCCAAGUCGUCAUGGUUACAAUACUGUACCAACCUCAUGGUUAAGACAGCUGCACAAUUGACCAGCAUUUGACUGCUGUCACAGCUGUCAGACAAUGUGAUGAAUAGAUGAAUGUUAGAUUUUAUUUUGAAUGGAGCAAAGUAACAUAGUGCAAGUUAAAAACGGACAAUAUUUUGGUCAGAAUGGAUCGGUAUGAUGGAGAAAAUGGGAAAAUAGCUGAAGUUGUGUUUUAACAUCCGUCCCCGUGUGUAACCUUUUGCACUAUAACAGAUGGAGUAUUUGUGAAGAGAUCUCCUUGUUUUUCAAUGCAUCUGGAUGAGGAGGUGACAGGGUUGGGUGUGGUGCACUUUGCAGUGAUGCAGAUUAAUUAAACUUCACAGACUAAUAUGCAAAGCCAUUCUCUUGAUGUUUCUGUUCUCUCACUUUUGGUAUCUUGCAGCAAAGUAAAGACAGACCCUUAUGCGUACAUGAUAAAUAUUGAAGAGAACCAUGGAUACUGAGUUUUAAUAGUUGACACAGGACGUCUGCUGCUUCAGUACAUGGUAAAUAAUCAUGUAUGACCUGUUACCGGAAACUGAAGUAUCAUCCAAGUACAUGACAGAAAAUAUGGGAGAUAUUGUAUGUUUUCCGUCCUGAUAUCUGUGGUAAUUUCUGAGGUGACUGUAGGAAGACUGACACUUGAGAUCAUAUGCAAUUUGACCCGUUGGAAUGCCAGGUAAGGCAGCUUAAUUGCAUUCAUUACGGCGGAUCCCUGAAGCAACUGUUAAUUAUUGUUAUGUGGGCAUGUUUGUACAGCAGGAUUCAAGGUUUCUCUUCUUUAUGUCCUCUUCAGUCCUUAGAUGAACCUAUAUUUAUACAAGUUUGGAUUUUUUUUUUCUUUUGUCAAAGCCUGAAAUGUGCUCCAAUCUCUUAAAAGUUAUUUAUGGUGUACUGUAAAUAUGCUCAGUAAAGAAAAUCCCACCACAUUUAAGCACAUGGGCAAAAACUGUAUUUAUUGAGUAAAUGUUUCUUUAUGAUUUUGAAAUAUAGCUGCAAUCAAAUCCAGUCUAACUGCUUGUACAUUGAGUGUGUUUUUGACUGAAGCAAAUUGUAAAAGGACAAAAUAAAAUCAUUUUGCAGAGA